AUGCUCACGAGCUUCCACGUUGCAGUUAGAAGAUUCUCGAGUGGAAUUAGGGCUUGCGAGCGUGACGAGCAGGAUGCUCUUGCGCGGAUCCUCCGAGAUUGUGGGAAUGCCAGGGAUUUGGAGCGCGGGAGGAGAGCGCACAGCCAGAUCUUGGGCAUCGAUCACUGCAAGCGCAACAAAUUCCUCGCCAACCUCCUGGUCCAGAUGUAUGGGAAGUGCGGCUGCGUGGAGGACGCAGCGGAGGUGUUUAGCGGCAUCGAUCAGCCCAACCAGUUCUCGUGGAACAUCUACCUCCAGGCGUAUGCCGAGAAUGGGCAUAUUGAUUCGGCAAGGAAGAUCUUUCUCCAGAUGGAAGAGCGCGAUUCCGUGUCUUGGAAUUGCCUCACAGCGGCAUUUGUGCAAGGCUCCCAUCUCGAGGACGCGAAAUCUUGCUUUGAUCGCACUCCGCAGUGGAAUGUUUUCUCGUGGAAUGCGAUGAUCACAGCAAUGGCCUUUCGAGGGCAUUUGGAGGAAGCCAAGAACUUGUUUGAUCUAGCAGGGCACCGAGACGGUGUUACAUGGAAUGCCAUUCUCACUGGAUAUGCCCGGCAUGGGUACUGCGACCAAGCCAGUGAUUUGUAUAACAGGAUGAAUCACUGGGAUUUAGUGUCCCAGACGACGAUGAUCCAGGCAUAUGCCCAAACCGGGGAUUUGGAGAACGCGAGGAGUGUCUUUAAUUCUAUGCCCGAGAGAGACGUGGUGACCUGGAAUUAUAUAAUGCAAGCUUACACACAAAACGGCUGCUUGAAUGAAUCCAAGGAAUCCUUUGAUCGAAUGGCGAAAUGGAACAUUGUGUCGCUGAACACCAUGAUCCUGGCUUAUGCCCAACAGGGAGAUGUCGAUCUUUUAAAAGAAGAAUUCGCAAAAUUUCCGGAGAAGAAUGUGAUUUCCUGGAACACCGCAAUGGGAGCAAUGGCGCAACACAACCGUUUGCAUGAAGCGAAGAACUUGUUUGAUUUUAUGCCGGUGAGAAACGUGGUCUCAUGGAACACCUGGCUUGCAGCAAAUGCCCAAUCUGGAGAUUGCAGCGAGGCGGGAAGAACAUUCGAUCUUAUGCCACAGCACGACGUUGUAACGUGGACGGCGCUCGUCCACGUCUACUGCCACCUAGGAUAUCUCGACGAGGCAAGCGCCAUGCUGGACAAGAUGGCACGCACAUGUGGCAUCGUCGUCACGGCCGUGUGGAACUGCCUCAUUGCUGGAUAUGCCCAGGCCGGGCAGAUCGAGCAAGCAUGGGAGAUCUUUGGGGGAUUGAUCCAGAGGAACAUUGUCUCUUGGACAUCAGUGAUCCAGGGAUUUGCCGAGAGUGGGCAUUUGGAUCGAGCAAAGAGAGUGAUCGAGAUGAUGCCAGAGCAUGACGUUGUCACUUGGACUGCCUUGUGCCAGGGGUAUGCCCAGGCCGGGUAUGUGGGCCAUUCGAGAAAAAUCUUCCAAGAGACGGUGUCGCGGAACAUCGUUACUUGGACGACGAUGAUCCAGGCGCAUGCGCAGAGCGAGAGCUUGGAUGAUGCGAGAGAAGUUUUUGAUCGAAUGCCCGAGCACAAUGCCGUGUGUUGGACUGCGAUGAUCGUCGCGCUCGCCCAGAAUGGCUGCCGCGAGACUGCCCGAUCGAUGUUCUUGGAGAAGAUGGAGGCGCUCGACGUGGUGUCCUGGAAUGCGAUGAUCACAAUGAGCGACAGUGUGGCGGGAGCGAAGGAGAUGUUCGAGAGAAUGCCGGCGAGGGAUGCUGGGAGCUGGAGCACGGUGACAGCGGCAUUGGUUUCCAAAGGCGAGCUGGAGCAAUCACUGAUCGCGUUUGAGCGCGCUCCCAAUCACAAUCUCGCGUCUUGGGUUUCGCGGAUCCACGCGCUCGCACAGAUGCUGCGAAUCGACGAGGCAAAGUCGGCGUUUGAUCGCAUCCCGGAGAGGAACCCCGCUGCUUGGAACGCUCUUAUCGAUGCAUUUGCUCUCAAUGGCUUCUUGCGCGACGCGAGGAGGAGCUUCGAUCUCAUGCCUUGCCGCGACACGAUCUCCUGGAACGCAAUCCUGGGCGCUUUCUCUCAUCACGGUUUGGUGGAUCGAGCGCUCGAGAUCUUCGAUUCCAUGCCGCUGCGCGACGUAGUCUCCUGGAACUCCAUCGUUGGCGGCUAUGCCCACAAUGGGCAUUGCGGAUUGGCGAUGGAGUUCUUCCGUGCGAUGGUCCAGGAGGGCUUCCAGCCCAGCGAGCUCGCGUUUGGGAGCAUCUUGAGCGGAUGCAACCACGCCGGUCUCGUCCGCGAUGGAUGCCAGCAUUUCGUGGCGAUGAUCGCCGACUACCAGGUCGCGCCACUGCGAGAGCAUUUUUGCUGCUUGAUCGAUCUCCUCGGCCGCGCCGGGGAGCUGGAAGAGGCCGAGGGGAUGAUCGCCCAGAUGCCACACGCCCCCGAUUCCAUCGCCUGGGGAACGCUCCUGGCGGCGUGCCAUAUCCACCCCGAUCUAGAUCGCGCUGCGCGUACCGCCGAUAGAAUGUUUGAGCUCGAUCCUCCCGGCGACGCUGGGCCCUUCGUGCUCCUCGCGAACAUUGGAAGAUCGUUUGAAUGA